CCUGCCCAGCCCAGGACGCCGCCGCCGCAGCAGCGAGCCGGGCGGGCCGGAGCGCGCCCGCUGCCCGGAGCCAUGGCCGAGACUAAUUUCAAAUGGCUCACAUGUGCUGGCGUCCUCUGUUGCUUGAUAUGGAAUGGAUUUGCCCAGCAGGGUGGAAGCGACUGCAUAAAAGCAAAUGCUAAGUCAUGUGGGGAGUGUAUACAAGCAGGACCAAACUGUGGCUGGUGUAAAAAAACUGACUUUUUGCAAGAAGGAGAGCCAACAUCUGCCCGCUGUGAUGACUUGGCAGCACUGAAGAGUAAAGGCUGUCCCAUGGAAGAUAUAGAGAAUCCCAGAGGCAGCAAACAGGUGCUCGAAAAUAGAGAAGUAACAAAUCGUAAGAAGGGUGCUGCAGAGAAGCUGAAACCAGAAGCCAUUACACAGAUCCAGCCACAGAAAUUAUCACUGCAUCUAAGAGUUGGGGAACCCCAGACAUUUUCAUUAAAAUUCAAGAGAGCUGAAGACUACCCCAUUGACCUUUAUUAUCUUAUGGACCUCUCCUAUUCUAUGAAAGAUGAUUUAGAGAAUGUGAAAAGUCUCGGAACAGCUCUGAUGUUUGAGAUGGAAAAAAUAACUUCAGACUUUCGGAUUGGCUUUGGCUCUUUUGUGGAGAAAACUGUGAUGCCUUAUAUAAGUACAACACCAGCCAAACUCAGAAAUCCUUGCACAGGGGACCAGAACUGUACAAGUCCAUUUAGCUAUAAAAAUGUGCUCAGCCUUACCAGUGAAGGAAACAAGUUCAAUGAACUUGUAGGUAAACAGCACAUUUCUGGGAACUUAGAUUCUCCUGAAGGUGGAUUUGAUGCAAUAAUGCAGGUUGCAGUUUGUGGGGAACAAAUUGGCUGGAGGAAUGUUACAAGACUAUUAGUAUUUUCCACGGAUGCUGGUUUCCACUUUGCAGGAGAUGGUAAACUUGGUGGAAUUGUUCUGCCAAAUGAUGGGAAAUGUCAUCUGGAAAAUAAUGUGUACACAAUGAGCCACUAUUACGAUUAUCCCUCUAUUGCUCAUCUGGUACAGAAACUUAGUGAGAACAAUAUUCAGACAAUCUUUGCUGUUACUGAAGAGUUUCAGGCAGUCUAUAAGGAACUGAAAAAUCUGAUACCAAAAUCAGCAGUGGGAACAUUGUCUUCAAAUUCCAGCAAUGUGAUCCAGCUGAUCAUUGAUGCAUACAAUUCCCUUUCUUCAGAGGUUAUCCUGGAAAAUACUAAGCUACCAAAAGGAGUGACAAUCAGUUACAAGUCUUUCUGCAAGAAUGGAGUGAAUGACACACAAGAAGAUGGAAGGAAGUGUUCUAACAUUUCAAUUGGAGAUGAGGUUAGAUUCGAGAUUAAUAUAACAGCUAAUGAAUGUCCAAAGAAAGAACAAAAUGAAACAAUUAAAAUUAAACCCCUGGGAUUCACUGAAGAAGUUGAAAUUAAUCUUCAGUUCAUCUGUGAGUGUCAGUGUCAGAGUGAAGGAGAACCUAAUAGUCCAGCCUGCCAUGCAGGAAAUGGAACAUUUGAAUGUGGUGCCUGCAGAUGUAAUGAAGGACGAAUCGGAAGACUAUGUGAAUGUAGCACAGAUGAAGUAAAUAGUGAGGAUAUGGAUGCUUACUGCAGGAGGGAGAACAGCACAGAAAUCUGCAGUAACAAUGGAGAGUGCAUUUGUGGACAAUGUGUGUGCAAGAAAAGGGAGAACACCAAUGAGGUGUAUUCUGGCAAAUACUGUGAAUGUGACAACUUCAACUGUGAUCGAUCAAAUGGUUUAAUCUGUGGAGGAAAUGGAAUCUGCAAGUGCAGAGUGUGCGAGUGUUUCCCCAACUUCACUGGCAGCGCCUGCGAUUGUUCCUUGGAUACUACACCGUGUAUGGCAUCGAAUGGGCAGAUUUGCAAUGGAAGAGGAACCUGUGAAUGUGGCACCUGUAACUGUACAGAUCCCAAAUUCCAAGGCCCCACCUGUGAAAUGUGUCAGACUUGCCUCGGUGUCUGUGCAGAGCACAAGGACUGUGUUCAGUGCAGAGCUUUUGACAAGGGCGAGAAGAAGGAGACGUGUUCGCAGGAGUGCAUGCACUUCAACAUGACGCGCGUGGAGAGCCGCGACAAGCUGCCGCAGCCCGGCCAGCCCGACCCCCUGUCCCACUGCAAAGAGAAGGACGUGGAUGACUGCUGGUUCUACUUCACUUACUCUGUCAACUCCAAUGGUGAAGCCAAUGUCCACGUGGUGGAGACCCCAGAGUGCCCCAGUGGUCCUGACAUCAUUCCCAUUGUAGCUGGUGUGGUUGCUGGAAUUGUUCUUAUUGGACUUGCAUUAUUAUUGAUUUGGAAACUACUAAUGAUCAUUCAUGACAGAAGAGAAUUUGCUAAAUUUGAAAAGGAGAAGAUGAAUGCCAAGUGGGAUACGGGUGAAAAUCCUAUUUACAAGAGUGCAGUGACGACUGUGGUCAAUCCUAAAUAUGAGGGAAAAUGAACACUGCUUGUAUAACUUCACAACACUGUAUGCAGUAUAGCAACUUUUGUAGUCACAAUAAGAUAGAUUUAGGGCAAGCUGCAGUGAUUUUACUAAUGAAUUACAUACAGGUUUGUUUUCCUGUGUGAAAAUAGACCCUAUGUAAAUUUUUUUUUUAUUUUCUUUAAUUUUUUUUUUUUUUUUUUUUUUUUUGCAAAUAAGAGUAAUUGGUGCCAGAGGUGGGACAAAAAAAAAA